AUGUUGCCCUCUUCGCCCGCGGCGCUCCUCCGCCAUGUGCUGCGCCUCCUCGUCCCCGUUUGCGCCCUCCUGACCUCCUACCUCUACCUCUACCCGGUCUUCCAGACAUGUGGCUUCCCGCUGCCUUCCGAGAACAAUGCGACGGGCCAACCGCGUAGCAGCGGCGUGAGCAGCCACAGCCCCUUUGUCGAGACCGCCAAGCUUCACCUCCCUUUCCUGCGGUCAUCCGCGGGCAAUGCGACGCAUCCGACGCCUUCGAGACUUGCCCCUUUCCGCCUGCUCGCCCUCGGCGAUCCCCAGCUCGAAGGCGACACUUCCAUACCCAACGCGCGGGGUGCGUCUUUCCCUCACCUGAACAGUAUCGUCGACCACUUGACGUUCAGGAGUGAGCAUGCAUCCCUGCGCUUCCGCCUCCGGCAGACCCUGCACGAUGUCGUCGACUUCUGGUUCGAGGACAUACCCAACACCCUCGAGUCGAUCCGCAAGCGCAUCGACCUCCUCGGCAACGACUUCUACCUGGCGCACAUCUACCGCACCGUCCGAUGGUGGUCCAGGCCCACCCACAUCACCGUCUUGGGCGAUCUGCUCGGCAGUCAGUGGCUUGAUGAUGAAGAGUUUGAGAGGCGCGCCGAUCGCUUCUGGAACCGGGUCGUCCGCGGGGGCGAGCGUGUUCCCGAUGAUAUCGCUCGCUUCCCCUCCGACGAGUACGAUCUAGGCGGCUACCUCCACCCCGAACCGAGCAACGAAACCGAGAGCUGGACACGGCGCAUCAUCAACGUGGCAGGCAACCACGACAUUGGAUACGCCGGCGACAUCAACAACGACCGCCUCGGCCGUUUUGAGCGCCUUUUCGGCAGGGCAAACUACGAGCUACGUUUUGAGCUGCCGCCGGGGGCGAUUUCCGAAGACGCUGCUGCUACCGUCUACGACGAGCAGACCAACAGCGACUCGGACCGGCUGCACCCUGAGCUGCGCAUCAUCAACCUCAACGACAUGAACCUGGACACCCCCGUCCUGAGCACCGAGAUCCAGGACGCGACCUACGAUUUCAUCAACGCCGUCAUCAACACCGCCUCUGCCGUCGAGUACAAGGGCCAUUUCACCGUCGUCCUGACCCACGUGCCCCUCUACAAGGACGAGGGCAUCUGCGUCGACCCGCCCUUCUUCGCGUUCCACGACCACGACGGCUCCCUGAAGGAGCAGAACCAGCUGAGUUCCGACGCCACGCGCGGCUUCCUCGAGGGCAUCUUCGGCUUCAGCGGCGACACGAUGGCCCCCGGCAACGGCCAGGGCAGGAAGGGCGUGAUCCUCAACGGGCACGACCACGAAGGCUGCGACACCUACCACUUCAUCGACCAGAUGAAGGGCGCCGGCCCGUCGGAGCGGGACUGGGAGGCCAUGCGCUGGCUUCCCGCCCGGGACGGCGGCAUCGUCGCCAGCCGCGGGCGCCCUGGUGUCCGGGAGAUCACGGUUCGCAGCAUGAUGGGCGACUUUGGCGGCAACGCGGGUCUGCUCAGCGCGUGGUUCGACGAGGAGGCGUGGGAGUGGCGCUUCGAGUACGCGACGUGUGCCCUGGGCAGGCAGCACUUCUGGUGGGUCGUGCACAUCCUCGACCUCGUCGCCGUCGGGCUCGGCCUCUCGUAUGCGGUCCUCACGGGGCUCAAGGCUGCGGGCAUGGAUUACGACCGGUGGCCUAGUGCGAAGAAGGCAGCGGCCUCUACUAAGGGGUGCGAGAAUGGUGUCAAGCCGGCCAAGCCCACGAAUGGCGCGGUCGUCAAGCCCGUGGCUCUGAGUAAUGGUGACGUUUACAAGACUGUAGAACAUGUAGAAUCACGAUAG